AUGGCGGACGCGGAUCCCCCCUCCGGGGCGCAGCGGGUCGGCGUGGGAUUCACACCGGCUCGACUGACAUACUGGUCCCUCAACAUUAGAGGCCUCAACAUCCCGGAGAAGCGCUCCUUGCUUAUGCGGCGGCUGUGGGCCGCGAGAGCGUCCGUGGUGUUCCUGCAGGAGAUGCAUUUUCGUCAAGGGGACGCCCCGAAGCUGGGAGAUAAGCGUUAUUCAAUAGGGUUUUAUGCCAACCAUCCGGAGGCCAAAAAGGCGGGAGUGGCGAUAUUGUUCGCGAGUACGACACAGUUUCACUGCACGGGCCUACAGGCGGAUCCUCAGGGAUGA